AUGUCUGUUCACAAUCACAACGAUAAAGCUACUACUGCUAUUACUGCUACUACUACUGUUGCUACAAAUGAUGGUUUAUUAGACAAACCAAAUACAAAAAAGGAAUUAUUUGGUGAUAAAUUAUUUGGUAUUGGUUCAAUGCAAGGAUGGAGAAGAACAGCUGAAGAUUUUUAUAAAUAUUUAGUACCAUUGGAUCAUCAUGCAUUUAAACAUUGGAAUUAUUUUGCUAUAUUUGAUGGUCAUAAUGGCAUUGAUACAGCAAAAAAUGCUUCUCAUCUAUUUGAUAAAUAUCUUUUAGAAUGUUUUCAUCAUGUUGAAACUAAAAUUGAUAAUCAUGAUUUCGAACGUAUGAUUAAAGACACUUUAGUAUUAUUGGAUAAAAAUUUAAGGAAAAUAGUUCAUGAUCAAAGUGGUUCUGUUUGUAUAGCGACUUUAAUUAGUUCAAAACAAAUCUUUCUAAUUAAUCUUGGAGAUUCACGUGGAAUUGUUAUUUCAAAAGAUGCACAUGUUUUAGCAGCUACUAAAGAUCAUAAACCAAGUGUACUCAAAGAACAAGAACGUAUUCGUAAAGCUGGUGGUCAUAUAACACAAUCACCAAAUGAUGUAUUACGUGUUGACGAUACAUAUGCUAUGACUCGUGCAUUAGGAGAUUAUGCGAUAGAUAAACAUAUUAUAGCACCUAUACCUGAUAUUAUUCAUUAUCCAAGAGAUUCAACAGCAGCAUUCGUCAUUCUUGCUUGUGAUGGAAUAUGGGAUGUAAUGAGUAAUGAAGAAGUUGCUAAAUUUGUUGCUCAUCAAGCAUUAAAUACAGCUUUAGAUCAUAUUGUAUCACAUUUAUUAGAUCAUUGUUUACAACUACAAUCUACUGAUAAUAUGACUGCUAUUAUUAUAAAAGUAGAUUAA